UUCAAAAUCACCGUUCUAGCCUAAACCCCAUCGGCCAUUCACUCUUCUCGAUCCCCAUUCCUCCGUUUCCCGCCUCCAUCCCUUCUCUCUCCCAUCUUCUUGGAUUCAGAAGCGAGCGAUAGAGAAAAGAUGAACGAGAGGCUAAUAGCGGUGGGGUUCGAGGGAUCGGCGAACAAGAUCGGGGUGGGCAUCGUAACCCUAGACGGUACCAUCCUCUCCAACCCCCGGCACACAUACAUCACCCCGCCGGGCCAGGGCUUCCUCCCCCGCGAGACCGCCCACCACCACCUCCACCACCUUCUUCCCCUCCUCCGCUCCGCCCUCGACGCCGCCGGCCUCUGCCCCGACGACGUCGACUGCCUUUGCUACACCAAGGGCCCCGGCAUGGGCGCCCCCCUCCAGGUCUCCGCCCUCGCUGUCCGCGUCCUCUCCCAGCUCUGGCGCAAGCCUAUCGUCGCCGUCAACCACUGCGUCGCCCACAUCGAGAUGGGCCGCGUCGUCACCGGCGCUCAAGACCCUGUUGUUCUCUACGUCAGCGGGGGGAACACCCAGGUCAUCGCCUACAGCGAGGGCAGGUACCGCAUCUUCGGGGAGACCAUCGACAUCGCCGUCGGCAACUGCCUCGACCGCUUCGCCAGGGUACUUACCCUCUCCAACGAUCCCAGCCCUGGGUAUAACAUCGAACAGCUUGCGAAGAAAGGAGAAAAAUUUAUAGAUCUUCCUUAUGUUGUCAAAGGUAUGGAUGUUUCAUUUAGUGGGAUAUUAAGUUAUAUAGAAGCUACUGCUGUCGAGAAGCUUAAAAACAAUGAAUGCACACCUGCGGAUCUUUGUUACUCCUUACAGGAAACAGUGUUUGCUAUGCUUGUUGAAAUCACCGAACGUGCAAUGGCACACUGUGAUAAGAAGGAUGUUCUUAUUGUUGGUGGUGUUGGGUGCAAUGAACGAUUGCAAGAUAUGAUGAGGACAAUGUGCUCAGAGAGGGGUGGUAGGCUUUUUGCAACUGAUGAUAGGUACUGUGUCGAUAAUGGGGCAAUGAUAGCAUAUACCGGUCUCCUUGCAUUUGCCCAUGGUGUGACCACUCCCUUGGAGGAAUCAACAUUUACCCAGAGAUUCCGCACUGAUGAAGUGCAAGCAAUUUGGAGAGAGAAAAAUACACCAAAAACAGAUAAUGUACAUGGAGAGUCAGAGCAAAUUCCAGAGAAAUUAGACUCUUAAGUUAUGCAGGAACUUGGAGCAGCAGCUGCAUAUGCGUUGGAGGCAUUUGAUUUUUCAUCAUAUCUGUAAGAUAUUUAGCUAAAUGUACUUUUAUAGAGAUCUAAUAUAUUUACGCUCGUGGCCAUAAACUUGGCAAACUAACACUGAUGUAACAGUAUGUACUCUGCUCAACAUUAAGUAGCUGCAUAACUCCUGCUCGCA